AUGUGGAAAUUUCUAGAAGCUCUACUUUACGACAACACCAUCGAAGAAGAAUACUACAGGAAAAUCCGUCAAAAGUCCUCCUCCAAGUCGGCUGUAAUCGUAGGUCUUGUAGCUGCCGUGGGAGGCUUUUUGUAUGGGUACGAUACGGGACUCAUCAACGACUUGCUAGAAAUGAGAUACGUCUACGAAAACUUUCCAGAAAAUCUGCAUUCGUUCACAUCACAUGAACGAGCGUUGAUUACGGCUGUGUUAUCGCUCGGAACAUUCAUAGGAGCUCUCAUAGCGCCUCUUAUCUCCGACAACUAUGGCCGGAAGUUUUCCAUCAUUGUCUCUUCCGGUCUCAUUUUCAACGCAGGCAACAUUUUGCAAAUCGCAUCAACAAACGUAGCAUUGCUUUGCGUUGGUAGAGCGAUCUCGGGUGUAUCUGUAGGCAUUCUUUCGGCCAUUGUACCCUUGUACCAAGCUGAAGCUUCUCCCAAAUGGGUCAGAGGUUCCGUCGUUUUCACAUAUCAAUGGGCCAUUACUUGGGGCUUGUUGAUAGCGAGUGCCGUCUGUCAAGGCACUCGAAAAAUGACCAAUUCUGGCUCAUAUCGGAUCCCCGUGGGCCUCCAGUUUCUCUGGGCUCUUAUCUUGUACACGGGGAUGCUUUUCUUGCCCGAAAGUCCCCGUUAUUAUGUUCAAAAAGACGAUCUUCAGAAAGCUCUAGAUAGUUUGUCGAAGUUGCGAAAGUUGCCCCCAGACGACGCUGAUUUGAUAGAGGAGUUGGUGGAAAUCAAGGCUAACUACGACUACGAGUUGUCGUAUGGUAAGACCAACUAUCUUGAUUGCUUCCGUAGUGGAGGAGGAAGACACAAGCAGGUGUUGCGAAUGUUCACUGGAAUCGGUGCUCAACUCUUUCAGCAGUGUUCAGGCAUCAACUUCAUCUUCUACUAUGGUGUCAACUUCUUCUCCAGCACCGGCAUCCAGAACUUUUACAUCAUGUCCUUCGUGACGUAUUUGGUCAACACUAUCUUCACAAUCCCCGGAAUAAUUCUAGUGGAUACGAUAGGCAGGCGACAGUUGCUCCUAUGGGGUGGCGUAGGCAUGUCUACCGCGAACUUCAUAAUUGCGAUUACGGGAGUCAGUAUCUCCAGUAAGGAAACCAGUUCGAUUCUAAGCGUCUGUUUUUCGUGUGUGUUCAUAGCGUUUUUCGCCAGUUCGUGGGGUGGAUGUGUAUGGGCACUCACUUCUGAUAUAUACGGUAUUAGUAUCAGACAGAGAGCCAUAUCCAUCACUACAGCCACGAACUGGUUGGUCAACUUCAUCUUUGCCUACAUAACACCGUAUCUCAUCGAUACGGGACACCAUACUGCAGCUAUAGGAAACAAAAUCUUCUUUAUCUGGGGAGGUUGUAACGCUGCCGGUGUCGUUUUCGUCUACUUCACUGUCUACGAAACAAAGGGAUUGAAGUUGGAGGAAAUUGAUUAUAUGUACGCUCAUUGUGACAAUGCGAGAAAGUCCACCGAGUUCAAGUCGACCAAAAUCGAUUACACUAGAUUGGACGAGAACUACAACGCUGUACCCUGGGAUCCUCCUUAUCCAUCAACAACGAGCUCAUCGCCUCCUUCUAACAUCAACGAGAAGGACCUUUCAUCUUCUGAUCCCAACCAAGACGUCAAUGUACAUAGUGACAACAACGAGUUUGUUCCAUUGUACAACAACAAAAAACUUCCAAAUAAUCCUACAAACACCAACAAAAACGACAUCACCAUCAUUCCCUACAACAAUAUCAUUCUGCCGUCGUUAUCAUCGAACUCCGAGCCCUCUUCUGCUGCUUCGUCAAUUCUCAACAACAGAUUCCACCACAACUCUGUCUCGACUACAAACAACGUCUCUGUAUCUACAUCUAACCCUGGCCAAUCUUCUGGUCAAGGUACAGCUUCCAACGACUACUUGCUGUAUUUGGAUAGUUUGAAGUCUGAGUACGGAAGUCCACCUCACUACAAUAACGACACACUACACCAGCAGCACACCAACCAAUCGAACUCCAAGGGUUCUGCUACAGACAGAAACAGCAGCAUCACUGCUAGCAACAUUCACCAUACUCAUAGCAACAUCACCAGCAACAUUAAUAACCAUAAUAGUAAUAACAUUAAUAACAGUAUAACCAACAAUUCGACCACGAUUAUUGCCACGCCAUACUUCAACCAGCCUCCACCAGACUCUUCCGAUGAAGAAGACGAAGACGAGGACGAAGAAGAAUAG